UCUGCAGUGUGUUUUGGACCAUUGUCACAAUGUUGUUGUGUUAUGUGUUGAGAUGGUGUGGAGGGAUAUCCAUGCAGGCAUGCCCUUCCUCCUCCUGGACCUGUGGCACUGGGGACAAAGAAUCAAGGAGAUAACAUUUGAAUUCCAAUAGCAACACAAAAAGGUAUUUCCUCUGAGAUCCAAGAUAUCUCCAUUCAUUCCUUGUGAGGUCACAACUCUCCUUUCCCUGAUGAAGAAGCCAAUGGAGCUUCGAAAGCUUGCAUCAUGUAUUUUGUGCAUUUUAAUUGGUCAUAUAUAAGUUUUGGGGUGUUGUUGCACUUUGCUGUAUGGCCAACGUAGCUGUCCCUAAAAUAUGUUUAUUUGUUUUAGCUACUGAACACAUGGUUUUCAAAGUGCUUUUAUCAUUCUAAAUUGUAUUCUGUUUUUAAACAAAUGAUCUCUUUCAAUAUUAUAGUAGUUUAGUUCCAUUUUAAUUCACAGCUACAGCCGUGUUAGUCUGUGGAAUCAGUAUAUAGCGAGAUCUUGUAGCACCUUUGAGACUAAAUGAAAGAAAGAAGUUGUCAGCAUGAAUUUUCGUGGGUUAAAGUCUGCUUCCUCAGAUGCAUUUGGUCCAUUUUAAAUGUCAACUUUUGUAAGUUUUCAAUUAUACUGUGCUUUUGGACUGUAAGAUGCUCUUGAGUCCCAAUUUUGGGGAGAAAGCGGGAUACAGAAAUAAUAGUAACAACAAGAACAACAACAAGAACCAAAGGAGAGAGGAGAAAAGGUUAGGUUUUUCUUCCUCUUCUUUAGUCUAGUUUCCUAGUUGGAAAAUAGGACAUUUUUCUGUACUCCGAACCCCCCCUUCUUCCGUCUCCACCGUUCUCACACGAAAAGGGAUGUCUCUUCCUUUCUCCCCCUCUCCAUGAAAAAAUGCAUUGUAGGACAGUUGUUUUUUUUAAAACUUGAUGUUGUGUAUUUCAGUUUCAACUGACUGCAGAAAGAUUGUGCUUGGCCUGAUCCUCUGCAAGAUUGCUUUCGGAAGGAAGGCUGUAACCCUGAACACGCUUGGCGGAGAGGAAAUCCCGUUGAAUUGCGAGGGAGUUUCUCCUCAGUACAGGCAAAUUCUCUGAGAGCACGGAAGAGGCUUCCAUUAUAUCCAGAGGACUCAAGUACAGAGUUCAUGUUCCGGAAGUGGAGUGGCUCGUCUCAUCAUUUUGGGGGCUCUAUUUACUUAUGAAGGUAACAGCAAUGACCUGAGAGUGGCUGGGACUGGAGAAGGUGGCCUGGAGGAGAUGAUAGAAGAACUAAACAGUGGGAAAGUGAUGUAUGCUUUCUGCAGGGUAACAGCUCCAAACUCUGGCUUGCCCAAAUAUGUGCUCAUCAAUUGGUUUGGUGAAGGUGUUAAUGAUGUGAGAAAAGGAGCCUGUGCCAACCAUGUUAGCUCUGUGGCAAAUUUCUUGAAGGGUGCUCAUGUAACAAUAAAUGCUCGGGCUGAUGAGGAUGUAGAACCAGAAGCUAUCAUGGAGAAAGUGGCUAAAGCUUCAGGAGCAAACUACAACUUUCACAAAGAAGGCAGCAAAUUCCAGGAUGCUGGUCCUCAAGCACCUGUAGGCUCAGUCUAUCAGAAAACUAAUGCCAUGUCUGAGAUCAAAAGAGUUAGCAAAGAUAGCUUCUGGGCCAAAGCAGAGAAAGAUGAAGAAAACCGAAGGCUAGAAGAAAAGAGGAAAGCAGAAGAGGAGCGCCAGCGUUUGGAAAAAGAACGCCGAGAGCGGGAAUUGCAAGAGGCUACUUUACGUGAACAAAGAUUUAAGGACCGGGCCAGUGAGAUUGAUGCUCAGAAGAAAUUCCAGCAACAACAGGAAACAGAGUCAAGGAACAAAGAUAAACAACAAUGGAAGGAGCAGAAAGAAGAGCCCAGCAUGAUGCAGAAGGGUUUCCGAAGGAGUGAGUCUAUGGAGAAAUCUCAGGAAGCAGCAUCACUAAUAGCACAAAGAUCAGUGAAUCCCCGUGACAUCUUUAAACAAAAGGAGAGGUCCAUGUCUACAGAAGCAGCAGGCAUCAGUCCCCAGCCAGGCAAGUUACGGAGCCCUUUUCUGCACGAGAACAAUCAUGUGGAGGUUCCUGCAUCCCCUGUUCAUUCUUCUGUGCAAGAUGUUCACCCUCCUGUUGUUCAUUCAUCUGUACAUGAUACACCUCCAGUCUCUCCUGCUCCUGAAUGUGGUGAUUCUGUGAGACAGGAUAACUAUAAAUCAGGCACUCUUGUCUACCAACCAGAAGUGACACACGAUGCUGUGUAUGAAGAACCCCCUAGUCAACGAGUUAUUUAUGAUGAGCCUCCUGAGGAAGAGCCUGAAGAUACUAAAUAUGACUACACUGAUGUCUAUCAACAAAAUCUUAACCUGGAGGGAAAAGGUUUAUGUGCUCGAGCUCUGUAUGACUAUCAAGCUGCUGAUGACACUGAGAUCUCUUUUGACCCUGAGAACAUUAUUACCAACAUUGAGAUGAUCGAUGAGGGCUGGUGGCGUGGUUAUGGUCCUGAUGGCCACUUUGGGAUGUUCCCUGCCAACUACGUGGAACUCAUUGAAUAAUGGGCAAUGCUGGAGGAAGAACACGAGCAAUACUUGAAAGAAUAACUCUGUCAAAUCCAGUUCUUUGAGGUGAAAUUGUGUGUGGCUUUUUAAGAGUGAAGUGCCAUUGCUCUGUGCCCCUGUAGCUGGAGCACCAUCUGUACCUGCCCAGUAAUGCAGAACUCUUUCUUUGCCUUUCUUUUAUUUUCCUUAACUGGUAUUUUCAGGUGAAGAAUAGAAAAUCAGUCUUGGCAGUACAUAAUACUUUCCUUCUCCUAGGGCUAAAGGCAUUGGCCCAAAACAUCCUUUCAAGACACAGUGGGACCAAAUUAUUUUCUGAACACCAACAUGGAGUAUUCAGGAGGUAGGAAAGGCUUAAUAGAAGCAGGAGGGCUUUCUAUUUCCAUUCUCAUGUUGCAGCUUUCUGAGAUAGCAUAAGGCAUCUUUUUUUUUUUAAAUGCCUACUUCACUGAGCAGCUUGUUAAGAUUUAGCCCUGAAAAAAUCCACAACCCACUUAUACCAGAGGUUUGCUUGGGAGAAAAUGGAUUGAGAGUUCAAGCUUUCUGAGAUCCAGUCUGCUGGCAGCUGCUCAGGGCAAGUCCUGAAUUAUGGAACUGUGCAACAUUUGUGCAGUAUUGUGCAACUCCCUUCCAUUUCAGUGAGUAAUUCUUCAAUGGAAGAUUGUGCCCUCAGACCCAAUCCUUUGUGUGAGGACCAAGCUACUUGGCUUUUAAAUCUUGGAUACUUGUGGAAAUUCUCCUCUUGUUUAGAGCAAAAGCCUUCCACUCAAAUGUUUUGAAACAUGGUUCCAGACACAAAUUCCAUCAAGGCAGGCAACAAAUGAUUGCCUUGAAAGCAAUGCUAGCUUUGAAGUGUGGCGGACACUGCUUUAAAUAGAAUGCUGUGUGUGUGUGUGUGUUGUGUGGUCUGGUUAGUAGAGGAGGACCUUGAUUUCUGUAUUAUCUUUCCUGAGAUUUUAAAAGCCUUAUUGCCUUUAGAUAGGAUUUUGAUUAAUUUCCCCCUUUCCCCUUUUUAAGGAAAAUAGUUGAAUGAAAUAAAAUAUAAAGAAACCUUGGGUAGCUGAGUCACUCAGGAGUGGCAUAACUUUAUGCUGUGAUAAUUGUGUGACACUUGGCAUUGCAAAUCUGCUAACUAUGUUGUUGUCAUAAAGGUAUUUGUGGCACAUCUGGAAUCAAACAUUCCAUUUUAAAUGACAUCUUCCAAAUUUACUGAGAGUCCCUCAUCCAUGACGUGGAUAUGGGUGUAGUUUUUAAAAGCAAAAUGAAUUAGCCACUUCUAACAUUCCCUUUGUUUUGUCUUGCUCAAGAUAGUUCUGAAGAGAUUCACAAGCAACUUUGAAAGAGUUUCCUGUACAAAUAUGGAGAAUGGAUUUUAUAGAGGAGAAUUAUCCCAUUUGAUUGAGAGAGCAAAACUAAUGGUCUAGUAAGGUUAAAUUCCAUUCUCUUCUCCCUUUAUGCAUGAUGUGGUAACAAUUAUGGUAACAAAAGAUCUUAAUGCAGCUCUCUGCUAAUCUACUCCAGCUCAUUUUUCUCUAUGGCAGGUUUUAAAAUAAUAGUUUUUAAAGAUAGUUUGUAGAAGCUGCUCACUACUGUAUUUAAUUCCCAAAUAUUCCCUUUUCCCCCCAGUCUGUGGAAUCUGAACCUGAAUUACCUACUCGAUUUCUGAAAAAGGGUGAUGUUUUAACCCUUAUCUCCACUCCAGUGGUUUGCAAAUAUAGUGAGAACCUUUUAAAACACUGCCUGUCUUAACUUUCCUUAUAGAUCUAAAAAUAAAUUAUGAGGCCCUCCCCCUUUUUCCUUUUGGCUUGGAAGCUUUGGGGACUCUUGAUUCUACGUGUAAAAGAAAAUUCUAUUUCCUUUUGUUACCAUAAAGGAGUGUGCCCUUGAGGAUAACUGUAGCAGCCAUGAGUGGCUUCCUAGGGAUUCUUGAGAGCUGAUUUUUAUUAGAAUUGCCAAACAUCAUGCGGGAAUCAUAGCUACUUGAGUUGUUGCUAUUCACUGUGCCUCUUGCCUUUGUUCAGAUCCUCCUCUUUUUCCAGCCUUCUGCCAUGCAUGAAGAUUUGGGGUUGGGGUUAAAAAAGGUUGUGACAGGAUGAUAUGAAUAAUAAUAAAAUUAAAGAUGAUCAAAACA